UGAAUCUGCAUCCUCUUUGUGCGGCAGCUCUCUUCUAGCCUGCACGACUCUGGACUGCUGUUCUCAGAAGCAGACUAUACCUUUUUGUUUUCUUUUUGGGCCGGACCCUGGCGGCCGGAGACGUCAGCCUCGCUCGGGAACUUCGCUGCUGGGACUCCCAACAGCCGGCAUCUUCCCCCACUGACCGCGGAUACUGCAACACCACGAGCUCGACUUUUCUCUCUCCUGACGGCUAUCGCCAAACGUCAACAGGGGAGAGAAGAGCUCGCGUCUAGGCCGAUCAGGCUACCGCUUGCCGGGCAGGAAAAUGGACCAGGGAGGCGUCUAUAGCCACUCCCGCUCGCGAACAACGUCUUCCAACGUCUUUCCAGCGCAGCCUCAGCACCCCCCGCCCAUGCUUUUGUCGCACCAAAUGUCGAAUCAGCAGUUCAACAACCGGCGAUCGCCCUCUGUCAGCACGUUCAGCAACUCGAGCAUACAGCCGCCCGCUGCGUACCGAACCUCGUCCAACUCGGACCUCCGACGCUCCAUCUCUAAUCGCUCCUUUGGACAGCCCCAAGCAACCGGCUAUGUAGCUCUCCUGCGCAAGCAAAAAGCAACAGUAUGGUGUGAUCGCGCCCAGUACGAAGACCCCAGGCUGGCCGCCCAGCAGCGUGCUGCCAAAAAGCGCGCCAACUUGGAGGUCAGCGGAGGGAGCCGAGGGGCUGGCUCAGCUGGAUCUUCGUCAGGUGGCCGCACGAGCACGGGCAUUAGCGCAACCGGGAAAGUCGCCGCCAAAAUCCGCCAUCACGGGAAGACGCCUGUGGUUGGAUAUGCCAACGAAAAUCAUGUUGGUGUUGGAGGAGUGCCGAUGCGCCUGAGCGCCACCGAGGUGGAAGGGGAGAGUAGCGAGGAAGAGGACAACUAUGCGUCGCGCUCGCACCACCGCAGGACGGGAAGUAGUGGACGAAGCAGCGUUGGUAGCAGUAGUCGCCGCAACGUCUCUUACCGAGCCUCUUCAGGCACUAUCACCGGAGCGGGAACUCAGCCUGGACGGAGAUGGAGCCCUGGCGAUACUCCCGAAAGGGCCGGAAGCCUGGUUGAACAGCCCGAAGACACCAUGCCUGUCAUCGACGACAAUGCCAGCGGUAGAGCUCAGAGCACGCAUAGCGGAAGCAGCGCUGAGCGCGCUGACAACGUUGGCGAGCUGGGAACGGCCCCAAGGCUUGCGAGCAAAUCUCUGAUGCACUCUGCCCUCACAAGAGAAAAGAGCGUCAAAUCACCUGAAGAGCUGAAGAGACGAGGAAGCGUGGACGAGCGAACAGCCACUCUUACAUCGCAGCGCCUUUACAUUGCCAACCCCGAUUGAUAAUCAUCGAUUGGCGGAGAGAGGAAAUCGCAUAUUCAGCAUAUACCACACCGUUCCGUGACGAUAGAUCGACGCCGCCUCAGCCACCUUCCGUUCGCUAUGUAUUAAUCACUGUUAACAGCAAAAAAUCAUUCGCUUUUGUUUAUUAUGUUCUUUUCUAUAGCUUUAUUACUCGCAUUGUUUGGCGUUUGGAUAUGUUCAUACCAAUUUGAGCAUGGAGGAAGGAAUCUACAGUCGCUAAGGAGAGCCGUUCUGCUUUGGACAUCUCGAAUUUUUUUUUAUUAUCUAAUAUACUUUCGCUUCUGAAAUUAAGCUUGGCUGGCUGAGCGAGGCGGCGGAAAGCAUGGAUGACUCGGGAGAGAAAACAAAAACCGUAUUUUUUGAUAUGCCCGAGAAAGGCAGUUGAAAAGAGAAUAUAGCAUGACGUAAUGGUUAAUAAAUAAUAACCUCUCUUA